UUUCGCUCAUGAACAACUGGCGAUUGGAAAACACUUGGACUUCGAUUUGCUGCUUUUAAUCGCCCGACCCUUGACCGAUGGAUAUGUGCACACCAGAUAUACUAUAAAUAGAUCAUCAGAGUGACUGAAUUAAUAGUCAGUGGUAAAGACAGCAGAAGCAGCAGGCGUCAACGACAAUCAGAUAACGAUUUGUUCCAACUAAUAUAAAUCAUAUUUUCUAAACGUCAAAGCUAGUGAAAUGGCAACGGAUCGAUUGGAUGUCAUAAUUUUCGGCGCCAGCGGCUUCACUGGGAAGUAUACGGUUUUCGAAGCCGUCACCGUGCUUAACGGCCUGCGAUGGGGCAUCGCCGGACGGAACCGGGAGAAGCUGGAGUCUGUGCUGAAACAAAUGGGGGCCAAGAGCAAGAAAGAUCUGUCGCAGACGCCCAUCUUCAUAGCAGAUAUCAACGACGAGACCUCUCUGCUGGAAAUGGCCAAGCGGUGUCGCAUUGUCGUUAACACAGCGGGUCCUUAUCGAUUCCAUGGCGAGAAGGUGGUCAACGCCUGCAUCGAAGCAGGUACGCAUCACGUGGACGUGAGCGGGGAACCGCAGUACAUGGAAACGAUGCAGCUGAAGUACGAUAAGCGCGCCAAGGAACGUGGAGUGUAUGUGGUCAGUGCCUGCGGCUUUGACUCGAUACCAGCUGACAUGGGCGUCGUCUUUGUGGAGAAGAACUUCGACGGCGUGGUCAAUUCGGUGGAAACAUUUUUGGAAAGUGGCGUCAAGGAGGGCACCGGUCCCGGCGCCCGUGCUGGUCUCAACUAUGGAACCUGGGAGAGUGCCGUCUAUGGGCUGGCACAUUCGGACGAGCUGCGUGGCAUACGGCAGAAGCUGUUCCCCCAGCGCUUGCCCAAGUUCUAUCCGCUGCUGAAGCAUCGUCCGUUGAUCUUCCGCUCCACAGAAGUUGAUAAGGUAUGUCUGCCUUUCCCCGGCUCCGAUCGGUCGGUGGUGAUGCGCUCGCAGCGUUUCCUCUACGACCAGGACAAGAAGCGACCCGUACAGAUGCACGCUUAUGUGGGAUUUCCCUCUUGGAUAGCUGCCGCCGCCGUUGUUCUGUUUGCCAGCAUUUUUGGAUUGAUGUCGAAAUUCCAAAUUGGACGCAAUUUGCUGCUCAAGUAUCCGGGCAUCUUCUCGGGAGGCCUGGCCUCUCGCGAGGGUCCCAGCGAGGAGUCCAUGGAGCGCACCUACUUUAAGAUGACCUUCAAGGCAAUUGGCUGGCCCCAGGCUGAUCGUCUGGCCGAGAGCACGGACCAGUAUACCGUACCGCCCACUAAGACAUUGAUGGUGCGCGUCUCUGGCAUGAAUCCGGGCUAUGGAGCGACAUGUGUGGCGCUGCUUUCGACCGCUUUAACCAUCCUACGGGAAAGCGACAAGAUGCCCAAUAACGGCGGUGUCUUGGCCCCGGCUGCCGCUUUCUCCAAGACUAGUCUCAUUAGUGAACUGGAGAAGCACGAGCAUGGCAUGAAAUUCGAGAUCCUGGCCAACAAGUGAACGGAUCCCAUAAAAUGAUGCAGUUGCUUAGGCUAACUCUUCUGGCUAUUCCACUGUUUGUUUAUUUUUUAAUCACCCAUUCAAGUUUGUAGCACAAACAUUAGACCUUAUUAACCUACCCCACACUUCACAAAUGUUAUCUUUUAGGCCACAGAUCGGAUAAAUAAAUGCAAAUUUCCAAUUCCCAA